AUGCAAUUGAUUUUGAUUUUGAUUAUCCUGGACUUGACGAUGAGGUUGAUACAAUUACUGAUAUGUCUCGUAUCGUUUAUGAUACUUGAUGCUCGUUAUUCUUUAUAUCAUUCUGAUGAUCGACAGGACUUGAAAUCUACAUUCGAUUGUCUGUAUGCUUAUCUAAGGGACUAUGUAGAAGAUGGAGAUGCACGUUAUAUUAUUAAUUAUCAUUUAAUUCCUUAUUGCCAACGGCUUGAUCAAAAUGAAGAACAAGAAAAUUUAUCUAUAAGAUCAUAUGAAAACGUAGAAAAUAACAUUAAUUUUACUGAAUUGUAUCGACAAGGUGUGACAAGUGCACAAUUGCUUGGUUGGUCAGCACCGAUAGACGUUGCAGAACGAUACGAAAAAAACGGGGAAAAUUCAAGUGAAGUAUUCUACAAUUGUUCAUCGCCCUGGUUUGGUCCUACAUGUCAAUACAGCAUUGAGUAUGACAUACUACCUCCAUUCAGUAAUGUCGUUCAGUUUAUUAUUACGCCCCGUACUUUUGCACCAGAUUUAAAUUUCACGAUUGGUACGUGCUACUCGUUUUUAACUGGCUGCUAUCGCGGUCCAUCACCCAUGUGUCUCGAUUGGCGUGAAAUUUGUGACGGUAAGUUUGAUUGUAUUAAUGGAGAAGAUGAGCAGUUGUGUCAAAUAUUGGAAGUGAAUGAAUGUUCCGACAAUGAAUUUCGAUGUUAUUUCGGCGGACAGUGCAUUCCAUCAACAUUUGUUAAUGAUGGACACACUAUGACAGACUGUCUUGACACUACUGACGAAGUUAGUGAGAAUAAGGCAGUUACCUAUUUCAAUGCUGUAUGCAGCGGACUUCCGACAUUUCGAUGUGAGGAAAGUUCAAGUCGACGUCUUUUAACUUUUCCAUGCGGUGAUGGUGAAUUUAAAGAACAUCUGAUACCACGUUCUCAACCGGGUUGUGCUAGUAGACGUGAUGUGCAAAUGACAUCAACUAUGUUCACUUCGCUCGAUUAUAUUUCGAACUUAGAUUGUCAGCUGGCAUUAUAUUGUUUACUUCGUAUCAAUAAGAUUCUUUCACAUAUACAAAUACCGACAGAAAAUAGCUGCGAAUCUCUUGUCAAUCGUUGCCCGUCAAAAUGGCUUGUUACACCUGAAUAUCCCAUUAUGUAUGGCUUCUUUCAAUUUGUUUACUUAACUAAUCGAUCAGUUACUGAUUUGAAGACAAGUCUUAUACCUGACUUUAUUUGUUUUAAUGUAAGUCGGUGUCCUGCAUUGGCAUCUUGCUCGGUAGAUAUUGGAAUGAAUACGGAACUCAAUUGUUGCAGAACUGUUGGUCUAAUAAAUGCGACAAUAGGCAGGUGGCUAGAGGAAACGUUUACAGAUCUCGUUCGUCGCUGUUCAACGAUUGGUACAGAUCAAAACUGUUUACAUUCGUCCUUAUUUCAUUGUCCACUUUCAUUGAAAUGCAUCUCAAAACAUCGACUAGUUGAUGGUUGGAAUGAUUGUUAUUACGGAGAAGAUGAAUUAUUUCCUGCUUGUCAAUUAAAUGAUUCAUGGAGAUUUAUUUGUGAAUCUGAACCAAAUAAAUGUUUGUCAAUGAUUGCACUUGGAAAUGGAGAUCAAAAUUGUCGAAAUGGAGAAGAUGAACUGACUAAGAAUCAACGAAAUAUUUUAAAAGGCAGCAUACCGUUUGGACUUUUUUGUGAUGGUGAAAAUGAUUUGUUAUGGAUGAAUAUGUUGAAUGAAACCGAUGAAACCCAUUGUGAAUGGUGGCCAUGUAACACUCCAAAUGUUCAAUGUGAUAACGUUUGGCAUUGUCUAAACGGUGCCGACGAACUUAACUGUCGUGGAACAAAGUGUUUAUCAAACGAACAUAGGUGUCAAAUUGGGUUCUCAAAAGAGUAUAUUUGUGUACCGAUACUUCAUCUAAUGGAAACAUCAAAUUGUGAGACUUUCUUUUUUCGUCAUAUCUAUCUUAAUAACGUAAUAUUUAACGAUUCUAUGAAUUAUUUCUUAUGGAAUCAAACAAAAUGUAUUAUGUCAGAACAAAUUUGUUUGGGUCAACCGUCAUUACCGAUGGCCCAUGAAGAUGUCUGUUUAAUAGACACUAAACUGCCACCUGCCUAUCAUAUAGCAGCUUUCAUUAGUGGCAACAUUGAAUGUGCAUUGUCAUCACAAGGACUUUUUCGAAGAGAACCAAAACGAUUUCUAAGAACAUCUCGAUUAAGUUAUUUUCCAUCUACCUCUACUAUUGUCUCUGUUCGACAAGCUGUUCAAUUUGAGAGGUCCACCGUUCCCAUUCUACACGAGUACGACAAAAGUUGGUAUUGUAAUCGAGGAAUUCUAAUACUGUUCGAAAACAAUAAAACUAUUAAAUGCCUUUGUCCUCCGAGUUAUUUUGGUGAUCGAUGUCAAUGGCAAAAUCAACGUAUUAGUUUAACACUUCAAUUAAUAUAUCGUUCUACUACAUUUUUCAUGCCCGUAUAUCAAGUCAUUAUCAUGAUUAUUGAUGAACAGAGACAAAUCACAUCAUAUCAUGAACAAAUUACGUUUGUACCCAAACGUGAUUGUGACACAAAAUUUAAUAUCUAUUUACUUUAUCCUCAUCAACCGAAAAGUUCUUCGACUAAUUAUUCAAUACAUAUCGAUAUUUUUGAUAAAAUUACACUGACAUAUUGGGCAAGUUGGCAUCUAUCGAUUCCUUUUCAAUUUCUACCAGUGAAUCGAAUAGCUGCUCAAUUAUUCAUUCCAAAUAUUCAACAAUCAGAAUCUUGUCCAUUACUCUGCGGAAAUCGUGGUAGAUGCAUACGAUAUAUAAAUAAGAAUUUCUUAUAUUUUUGUCAAUGUGAUCAGGGUUAUUCGGGUUUACAAUGUGAUAUUCAACAAAACUGUUCUUGUUCAUUGGAUUCAUUUUGUCACACUUCAUCUAUUUGUAUUUGUCCAAUGAACAAAUAUGGUCCAAAAUGCUAUUUAAAACAUUUAAUUUGUCAAUCAUCAAAGAAUCCAUGUGAAAAUAAUGGACUUUGUGUGCCUAUCGAUGAUCGUAUUGCUCUUAACAACUUUACAUGUUUGUGUAAAGAAAAUUUUUAUGGAACAAAAUGUGAAAAUACUAAAAAUCGAAUUGAUAUUGAAUUUAAUGAAGAAAUAUUUGGAAGAGCGACAGCUGUAUUUAUACAUUAUAUCACUGCAUUUGAAAAUUCUAAACAUCAACGUACAACAACAGUGAAAAAGAUCAAAUAUGACGAAAAUAUAAUUACACUCUUGGUCACACAACCAUUUCAUAUUCUCAUUGCUGAAUUAUUUAAUCAAAAUUAUUAUUUGAUUGUAUUAAGAGAAACAUUUAUUGAAUCAGAAUAUAUUCGAACUAAAUUAACAUCGAAGCAAAGAUGUGUCUCUGUACAUGAACUAUUAAACACGACUUUUCGAUCUUAUUCUCGUUUGAAGCGUAUUAAAUACUAUCCUCUUUUAUGUCGACAACAUCAACAAUUGAUGUGCUUUUAUGAUGAAAACUAUAUGUGUAUAUGUGAUUUGGAUCGAUUCUCGAAUUGUUUCACAUUCGAUCAUUCAACCACUUAUGAUUGUCAUGGUUACAGUGAUUGUAAAUAUGGUGGUCAAUGUUUUCAAGACAAUAUCACAUGUCCAAGUGUAUCAGUAUGUGUUUGUCCAGAUUGUUAUUAUGGAACAAAAUGUCAAUUUUCAACAAGAGGUUUUGUUUUAUCACUUGAUUAUAUUCUUGGUUAUCAUAUUAAACCAAAUGUCUCAUUUUUUCGACAACCAUUAAUUGUUAAAAUGAGUGUGGCCGCCACAACAGUUAUGUUCAUUUUUGGAUCGAUCAGUGGAAUUUUAUCUAUAUCGACAUUUAGCAUGAAGAAAACAAGAGAUGUGGGUUGUGGUUUUUAUCUAUUAGUUUCUUCAUGGAUUUCUAUAUUAACAGUAAGUGUAUUGAUCAUCAAAUUUUGGCAAUUAGUUUUAUCUCAAAUGGCUAUUCUUACUAAUCGAUCAUUGCUUACUUUAAAUUGUAUAUUAUUAGAUAUGAUUCUUCAAGUUCUUUUGGCUUCAAAUGAUUGGCUUGAUGGAUGUGUCUCUGCUGAACGAGUAUUUACUGUUAUCAAAAGUGUUAAUUUUAGCAAAUCUAAAAGUAAACAAAUAGCUAAAUGGAUAACUUUAAGUAUCAUUCUUUUAACAUUUAUUACUCAUCUUCAUAUCCCUCUACAUCGUCAUUUGAUUGAUGAUAUUGACACAGAUGAACAACGAACUUGGUGUUUAAUUCAAUAUUCUUCUUCAAUCAAUAUUUUCAACUCGUUUAUCACUCUCUUUCAUUUUCUUAUUCCAUUUUCCAUUAAUUUAAUUUCUAUUCUAUUCAUUAUCAUCUUAAUAGCUCGUUCUCGUGUCACUGUACAAGCACGAUUAUCAUUCAAAGAACAUUUAAAAGUACAAUUCAAACAACAUAAACAUCAUCUGAUUGCAUCAUGUACAUUGGCAUUGUUAGCAUUACCACGUCUAAUCAUAUCAUUUAUUGGUGAAUGUAUGAAAUCACCACGUAAUUCAUGGUUAUUUCUUCUUGGUUAUUUAAUUUCAUUUUUACCAUCGAUGGUGACAUUUAUCGUAUUUGUAUUACCAUCAAAAACAUAUAAAGAUGAAUUUAAUAGUGUCAUCAAGCGACUAAUUCGACGAUUACCUACACAUAUGAAUUACUCAAAUUCAAAACGAACCAGACUAACCUAUCUGUGA